UCCCAGCCUGACUCUCCCAUCUUCUCCUAGACCCACUAGUUCCCUGCUCCAGUUUGGACAGGAACCGUGCAGCAUCCAGUGGCUGGAAGCUGGAGAGGUGGUUCUGGCCACAAUGCGGAGCAGGAGGUGAGCUUAAUAACAGCGGGCCCCAUGGUGUGCACGGUCACACUAGGGUCACGGGAAGAGCCCUUCCCUCCCACAGCUGCCAGAUAUGGGACACAAAGCAAAUUCCUGCCCUAGCACUCAGGAGGACAAAGAAAGUCAGUUCCCCCCAAGCCUAGGCUGAGUCUAACCCUUACUCAGAUCCCAACACAGAAAAGAUUCUGUUCCCACCCUGGGGUGGGGGGCGUGGGUUACGACAAGUGGAGGGUGUAAGGGCACAUGGUGGCAUCCAAGUUGUCACCCAAGAGGAGACAGUGGCAGGAGACCAGACUCUGAGGAGACCCGUCCCAGAGCAGGGGAUGGCUGAGCAGAGGCUUAAAGGGUCACUUAGGGACCCAGAGUCACAAAGCAGCUAGAGAAAGAAGGUCCUUUGAAAAGUUUGAGCCCAACAGGACAAAAAAAAAAAAAAAAAAAUGGGGACAUGGGACAAUUAAAAACAUAUUUGUGGAUUGGUUUUAAACAUUGUUUUUGUUUAACCGGUUUGGUGUUUGGAGCCAAGGAAGACCCUGAAAUCCUGAAUCCUACCUCUCCACCUCCCCAGUGCAGGGCUGCAGGCAUAACCCAUCACUAUUGAUUUAAUGAAUCAAUUAUUUUUCACACUCCCUCUGACUUCAGCUUGGAGAACAGACUGAAAGCACCAAGACUGGGCCAUAGGAAGAGGACAGCAGAACAGCCAGGAGGAGAAAAGAAGCUCCUAUUUCUCCGGGCACUUGGGCUAGCCAGCUCCUCUAUUCCCGCACACACCCCUUUCUGGUAGAAAAGGUUAUUUAUAAUAUUCCUGUCGGCAAAAGCAGUCUCCUAUUUUGCAAAGAGGCACCACCGCUUCUCAGACCGCAGACCCUGCAGGAGAGGGCUGAUCUACAGUUCACCCUGCACAGACCUACGCUGCAACCCCAGAAAAGCUGUGGGCUCACAGCCUGGCUUUUUAAAUAAAAAUCAAAACCUAACCUUGCAUUUCCGGCCUGUAAAGGCCGCCAGCGCGGGUGAAGUUUUCCUUUGCGCCCUAGGGCCUUCCCCCUCUCCCCCCGCUCCCGCCCCAUCCCGGCGCAAACACCAAGCCAAGGCGCCCAGCCGCUCCUCCUCCCUAGAAGAGGCCCAACCGCGAGGGACCAGGGCGGCUCCCCUUCUCCCGGCCUGGCUACUGUCCCGCCGCCCAGCGUGCAGCUAGCAAGGCCCGGCCCCUCGGGGACCGCUCCACCUCCAGCUAGCAGCGAGUCCCCCAGCACCUCCAGCCCGCCGGAAAGCACAGGGGAGGGAGCGCCGCCCACGCACAAAACAGGUGGCCUAGCGACUCUCGGUCUUCUAAGGAGCCACCACCUUCUAAGGAGCUACCACCUCCUUAUACCAGUCCUCAAACAGGAGCACAAGGGUCAUCCCAGCCAUACCGUGUGUACACCCAAGUCACACCAGUGAUCCAGACCAGUAAGUAUAGCAGCUGUCUCUCCUCGUCUGGCUCCCAGAAGGCCACUCACUAAGCUCAGUGCAGACAGCACUUUCUCUGGUGAGCUCUCCUCCCACAGCCUGAGAACUCUGAAGUCCCAAGGCUGGCUGGGCUCACAUGGGGUUGGCGCAGCACCAAGAGAUUCUGAGGCAUCCUUUUCUACUGUGAAAUUCUUGGGGAUGGGGCUGGUAUAUAGUAGAUGCUCAAGUAAUAUUUAUGAAAUGAAUAUCCAGCAAGCAUAUCGUAAGUGCUAGUCCACAGAUGAGGUGAAUACAGAGUCUCUAAGUUGAACCAGGGCUUUGAGACUCUAAACCAGUGUCCCAAGGAAUUCCCGGGCAUUCAAGGUUGACAUGUUAGUGUUGUAGAAUAUUAUUGUAAGGUUAUUAUUAUUAUUGCAACUUUUGUUUAUGUUGCAUUUGUUUAACUCUGUGAAGCUGUGUUACUGUGCCUCUAAAACACCCAAUGGUCUAAUAAAGAGCUGAAUGGCCAAUAGCAGGACAGGAGAAAGGAUAGGCAGGGCUGGCAGGCAGAGAGGGGCAGAGAGGAUAUAUAGAAGGAGAAAUCUGGGAGGAGAAAAGAAGUAGCCAGAGAAGGAGGACCCCAGGGGCUAGCCACCCAGCUACACAGCAAGCCACAGAGUAAGAGUAAGAUUUACAGAAGUAAGAGAAUAGAAAAUCCCAGAGGCAUAAGUUAGAUGGGAUAAGUUAAGAAAAGCUGACAAGAAACAAGGCAAGUUAAGGCCAGGCUUUUAUAAUUAAGAAUAAGCCUCCGUGUGUGAUUUAUUUGGGAGUUGGUUCGUGGGCCCCCCCCCCAAAAGAGCAAAAACAACCAACAACACAUUAAACUGUAUCAGCCAGUUUCACCUUGCUAUAACAAACAUGACCCUAGGAGCCCCCUUCAGAUCACAAAGCCACAGCAAGCUUCUGUCGCUGUCAUUACAGGUUAGGCAAGUGCUCUACCACUGGUUAUAUACCCAGCUCCUCCUGGGAUUCUUUUCCCAUUUUUUUUUCAGAUUUAUUUAUGUGUAUGAAUGUUUUGCCUGCAUGUGUCUAUAUACCACGUGUGCCUGGUGUACAAAAGCAAAAGAGGGACUGGAGCGAUGGCUCAGCAGUUAAGGGCUGCGCUUCCAGAGGACCCGGGUUCAAUUCCCAGCACCCAGAUGGCAGCUCACAACUGUCUACAACUCCAGUUCCAGGACUUCUAACACCUUCACACAAACAUGCAGGCAAGACACCAAUGGACGAGAGAGAGAGAGAGAGAGAGAGAGAGAGAGAGAGAGAGAGAGAGAGAGAGAGAGAGAGGCCAAAAGAGGCAGGAAUGGUGAGGGGUGUAGGGGUGUGUUUAUUCUUUUCUUUCAUGCGCCUGCUUUAAGGAUGUUUAACCACAGGGCCUGGAAAUCAGCUAAUGCAAGGAACGAAAAACAGUGGGCUGGCUGAGUCUGGUAGGUUGUACUAGGAACUCCCCAAGCGGAAGGGACCACACUUAGAAGCAGAAAGGCUCCAGGGUUCCUAGGCCCUGUCCUUACUUGGGCUAGCUGGAUUAACUAGGACAGAUCAUAUGGCUGAUAGGCAGGUACGUGGUGACUUGGGUGCACUGGUGAGCACGGGGAAGAUGAGUCAUGAUGUAACAGGGGUGCCCAGGCAGAGGGUGCUGGAGACAGGAGGAAGAGGCUCUGAUCUGACCACCCCCCCAGACAUGUUCACUGGAGUGCCGAGGGUGACAACUUCCAUGCCGAUGCAGACCAUAUGUCCCUUCUGUGGGAGCCACAUCAUCACGGUGACAACCCCUGUCCCAGGCAUCCUCACCUGGCUGCUAUGCAGUGGCCUCUUUAUAUUUGGGUGCUUCCUGGGCUGCUGCUUCCUCCCCUUCUGUGUGCGGAGCCUCAUGGACGUGAGGCACUCCUGUCCUGUGUGCCAUCAGGAGAUCUUCCACCACCACCGCCUGUGACCUGCACUAUAAACAGCAAUGAGGAAACAUCAGUGUGUAUGUGUGCCCCUGCAUACCCGUCCAGCAGGGGGGUGGCGUGAGCAAGUGAAAACAUCCUCCACCCGCCUGCUGCUUUGUCCAUGGGUGAUGGAUGGCACCUGGGUAUGCCUGGGUCACAACAUGUGCUGGUUGGUAUCAUCUUGGGGAGGGGUGGAGUGGAUGCCCAUCCAUCUCCAGGUUCAGCCUCCUCUAACUACAGAUGCCACAGCUCUACCAGCCACCUCUUUCCAAGCCCCUUCCCAUCAGCUCCAAAUUCUACCCCUUUGGGAAAACCUGGUACCCACACCCUCACCUGUAUAACCUCCCCUACACACACAUCCAGGUUCACAGCUGCUGCCUCUUUCCCCAGGGACCAGUGCACUCCAUCACAAUGCAAUACGGAGAGCCUUGUCCUUUCUUCCCUGCCUGCCUUGGGUCUCUGCAGUCUGGAUCCUCCGUGCCGGGGGGUGGGGGG